CAGCAGGUAUUCGUCUGACCACGCAUUCCGCGCCAUCAAUUCCUCACACUUCUCUUGUUGGCCCGCUCCUGCACCUCAACCAGAUAUAGCUUGACCCUCCCUCACAAUGUCUGCCAAAUCCAUCCUCGAGGCCGACGGCAAGGCCAUCCUCAACUACCACCUCACCCGCGCCCCCGUCAUCAAGCCCACGCCUCUGCCCGCCUCUGCCACACACAACCCGCCGCCCAAGCUCGCAUCGCUGUACUUCCCAGCGGAUGCCGAUGUCCGGGGCGUGCUUGACCAGGCCGAGGCCACAUACCCGUGGUUGCUGACGCCCGGCGCCAAGUUCGUCGCGAAGCCAGACCAGCUGAUCAAGAGGCGAGGCAAGAGCGGUCUCCUUGCGCUGAACAAGGAGUGGGCCGAGGCCAAGGAGUGGAUCGCGGAGAGGGCUGGCAAGCCGCAAAAGGUCGAGACGGUCGACGGUGUGCUGAGGCAAUUCCUCGUCGAGCCCUUCGUGCCCCAUCCCCAAGACACAGAGUACUACAUCAACAUCAACUCUGUGCGAGAGGGUGAUUGGAUCCUCUUCACCCACGAGGGUGGUGUUGAUGUUGGCGACGUCGAUGAGAAAGCUGAGAAGCUCCUCAUUCCUGUCGACCUCAAGGAGUACCCAUCCAAUGAGCAGAUCGCUUCCACCCUUUUGAGCAAGGUCCCCAAGGGUGUACACAAUGUCCUAGUCGACUUCAUCUCGCGGUUAUACGCCGUCUACGUUGACUGCCAGUUCACCUACCUCGAGAUCAACCCCCUCGUCGUCAUCCCCAACGCAGAUGCCACCUCGGCAGAGGUUCACUUCCUCGAUCUCGCUGCCAAGCUUGACCAGACUGCUGAGUUCGAGUGCGGUGCUAAGUGGGCUAUUGCUCGCAGCGCAACUGCUCUCGGCACGCCGCUCGCUCUUGCAAAGGAUGCUAAGACUAACAUCGAUGUUGGUCCACCCAUGGAGUUCCCCGCUCCCUUCGGCCGUGAGAUGAGCAAGGAGGAGGCCUACAUCGCUGAGAUGGACGCCAAGACUGGUGCAUCGCUCAAGCUUACCAUCCUCAACGCCACUGGCCGUGUUUGGACUCUCGUUGCUGGCGGUGGUGCUUCCGUCGUCUACGCCGAUGCCAUCGCCUCUGCUGGUUUCGCCAGUGAGCUCGCCAACUACGGUGAGUACUCUGGUGCUCCCACCGAGACUCAGACCUUCCACUACGCCCGCACAGUUCCUCGACCUCAUGCUCCGCGCUCCUCAGCACGAGGAGGGCAAAGGGUCCUGUUCAUCGGCGGGGUGGUAUUGGCCAACUUCACCAAUGUCGCGUCCACCUUCAAGGGUGUCAUCCGCGCAUUGAGGGAAGUUGCACCUCUUCUCGUCGAGCACAACGUCCAGAUCUGGAUCCGUCGUGCCGGUCCCAACUACCAGGAGGGUCUCAAGAACAUCAAGAACGUCGGCCAGGAGCUCGGCCUCAACAUGCAUGUCUUCGGCCCCGAGAUGCACGUCUCAGGUAUUGUACCUUUGGCGCUCGUUCCCGGCAAGACUACCGACAUCAAGGAAUUCUCCGGUUAAGCGCACUUCUUUGUAUCAUAGUUCGCGGGAGUAAGAAAGGGAUACAAAUUCAUGACUUCAUGGCUAGACAAAGAGCCAUGGUUUUAUGGUGAGCCAUGGAGCGUUGGUUUGAGCGAAUUUGUAACGCUACGUCUAUACCUUGCCUUGCAGCUCUGAAAUAUACAAGGAUUUAAUACCUCCCAA